ACUGACAACUCAUGGGGCCCCCGGGCAAUAGGGGAUCAUGGGGCCCCUGUGUCCUUGCCCAAACUCAAAAAAGCCUAUGAAAAAGGUACCAGGGGCAUCUCAUGGGGCCACCUACUGACCCCCGGCCCUCGGGCAGUGCCCGAGUUUCCAAAUGGUCAGUCCGCCCCUGGUAUAGACAUAAUUCCUUAGACACGGUUUAGAUAUUGCACAGAACCCAAAAGGUUCCUCUAUACAUGCAUUGCCCUCUGAAGAGUGAUCCGUGGUGGAUGUCAUUCAUUUUGAAUGAUGCCGUCAUUCUGAAUAGCACCCCAACGCACCUUG